AUGAAGAGUUACGUGAUGGAGAAGAAGAAGAAGUUGCCACAGGGGACUUUCAUAAGAUUGUUGGAAAAGAAAACAAAACAGUGGUUAGCAUACAGGUUACACCCUCAACUCACAGAACGACAGAAGAGGGGUCGAGUACUGAAAGCAAAGACGCGAGCACAAAAUACCAGCAAAAAACCUCAGCAAUAUCAGCAAAAACCCUCGCAAAAGCGCAGGGAAUCGUCAACAAAUCCCGAUUUAGCAACCGAAAAAUGGAGCGACGGUACGUACGGCAAAAGAAAGAGACGCGAAGGACUACGUUACUUUCCAGCGGAGAAAGCAGUUGGUACUCCAGAAGGCCACAGUAGCAACGAUGUUGACGACGCCAGUGAUAAGCGGGAGCAAGACAAAAGCGAGGAUUCAAACAGUAACUUCCAGCAGAACGGAGUGAAUGUUACAAAUGAAAAUGAUGAGUCUGAUUAUGAUGACCUCUUUGCAGAUUGUCCUUCGACAGGAUUAGAAGAUUUAGAUGAUGAAUCUUUUGAUGAGACCGUAUACUAUAAUCGCGAUGGUAGCCCUGGAAACAAGAAGACGUAUAAUAAAUUCAGUGGUGAUAUUAAAGAUCGUUUCUUCGACCAAGAUAUGCGUUAUCCGGUCGAUUUUCCUUUCUUAUCGAGAAACAUUGCAGGUCUGUGGUUGAAUGAACAAACAUUCAAACGACUCAUGCCAACGAAGGCGUUGGAUGGUGAAAUUAUAAAUGCUUUUUUGAGCACUCUAACCGACGUAGCUGCAGGAAAUGAUUUGAAACUUUUACCGUUCGAUUCCUAUUUUUGUGAGAAAAUGGUAGACACUCAUCCAACUAUUGGAUUUUUCAGGUGGAUACAGACGGUACAACCUACAAAUUACGAUGUAUGGUUAAUACCAUACAAUGCAGGUGGGAAUCAUUGGACGUUAUUAGCAGCUAUACUUCCAGCGAAGCUCAUGAUUUAUUUCGAUUCUUUACAUGGCGAACCCCCGAAAAAUUUCAUUGAAAACAUAACAGGAUUUAUCAUAAGAGUUGGAACAAAAAGUCGUCAGAAAACGAGAGGACAGUCCCAGAAAGAAUGGGAACUGUUCAUACCACGAGAUAUCCCACAACAAAAGUCAAUUCCGGGCAUGAGUGCCAACAACUGCGGUGUACAUGUCUGUAUGUACGCUUAUAUGAUUGCAAGCGGAUCCAGUGAGCUGUUUGAGGAAGCCGACAUGAAUGCUGCACGCAUUGGUAUCGCAAACUACUUAUUUGAGUUCCCAUUUACUGAAAGCACUGAGAGGAGGCUGACCAAUUUUGACGCCUUACUGGAGAGCGACGACAUUCUGAAGGAGAUGAAAAGGGAUCCUAGUAUGCGAUGCGUACACAAGAAUACAGCACCGUAUGGCUCAACGAGCCAGUUUCUUGAAUUGAUAAGAGUUCGAAUCGAUGGCAAUGCUGUUUGA